AUGGCAGAGAACGACAAGCCGGAGGCUGCGGCCGCUGCACCGCAGCCCACAGCCGAGGAGGCUGCCGCCGCCAGCCAGCCACUGCCGCAACAGCAGCAGCAGCCACCGCCACCACAACAGCCACCGCGGGAUGAGGAGGCGGCGGGAGCGGCAGCAACCGAGAGCGGCGGGGGCAGCACUAAUGGCGUCAAAAUGGAUAAUGAUGAGACAGCAAAAGAAGAGAAGGCACCUGUGAAGGAGAAAUUUGUUGCAAAACCAAAAUCUAUCCCUUCUCUUGGAAAUAAGAACAGAUUCCACCCCUAUUCAAAGGACAAGAAUGCAGGCACUGCAGAGAAGAAGGCUAUUAAUCGUAAUAGAGUUUUUAUUAGCAACAUCCCAUAUGACAUGAAAUGGCAAGCCAUUAAAGACCUUAUGAGAGAGAAAGUUGGUGAGGUUACAUACGUGGAGCUGUUUAAGGAUGCUGAAGGAAAAUCAAGGGGUUGUGGUGUGGUCGAAUUCAAAGAUGAAGAAUUCGUUAAGAAAGCGUUAGAAACUAUGAACAAGUAUGACCUUAGUGGAAGACCCCUGAAUAUUAAAGAGGAUCCUGAAGGUGAACAUGCUCGUAGGGCAUUACAGCGUGUAGGAGGACAGUUUCCAGGAGGACAUGGACCUGAUGUGGCACCUGGAAUAGUGAAUUUACCACCUUCUAUUCUCAAUAAUCCAAACAUUCCUCCUGAAGUUAUCAGUAACUUGCAGGCAGGCAGGCUUGGGUCCACUAUUUUUGUUGCUAAUCUUGACUUUAAAGUUGGCUGGAAGAAACUCAAGGAGGUGUUCAGCAUUGCUGGAACUGUAAAGCGUGCAGACAUCAAAGAAGACAAAGAUGGCAAGAGUCGAGGAAUGGGAACAGUUACCUUUGAACAAGCAAUUGAAGCUGUUCAAGCAAUAUCUAUGUUCAAUGGACAGUUCCUGUUUGAUAGACCCAUGCAUGUGAAAAUGGAUGACAAAUCAGUUCCUCAUGAAGAUUUCCGUGUUGCAGACAGCAAAACCUCACAAUUACCUCGUGGUCUUGGUGGCAUUGGUAUGGGACUUGGACCAGGUGGACAGCCCAUCAGUGCAACACAAUUGAGCAUGGGUGGUGGAAUGGGGAGCAUGGGUCCAGGAGGCAUGGGAAUAGAUGGUCCAGGCUUUGGUGCAAUGAAUAGAAUGGGAGGCGGACUUGCUGGAUUUCGUGGAAUUGAAGGAAUGCCUAAUAUGGGAGGAUUUGGAGUCAACCGAAUGGGAGAAAUGUUCCGUGGUGGAAUGGGAGGAAACAUGGACCGAGAUUUUGGUCGUAGUGACAUGGCACUGAACCGUGGUUUUGGAGAGUCUUUCGGAAGAAUGGGUGGUGCAAUGAUUGGUGUUUUUGCAGGAGGAAUGGGAGCACCUAGCAUGGGCCCAGUAAGAUCUGGAAUGAGUGGUGGAAUGGGUGGUAUGAACAGUAUGCCUGGAGGAAUGGGAAUGGGCAUGGAUCGCAUGAGUUCUGGUUUUGAUCGAGUGGGACCAGCUAUAGGUGGAGGUCUGGAGAGGAGCAUCGAUAUCGAUCGAGGAUUUGUGCCUGGGCCAAUGGGAGGUGCCAUGAGAGAGAGAUUAGGCUCUAAAGGCAACCAGAUAUUUGUGAGAAAUCUUCCUUUUGACUUGACCUGGCAGAAGCUAAAGGAGAAAUUCAGUCAAUGCGGUCAUGUAAUGUUUGCAGAAAUAAAAAUGGAGAAUGGAAAAUCAAAGGGCUGUGGAACAGUCAGAUUUGACUCACCAGAAUCUGCUGAAAAGGCCUGUAGGAUAAUGAACGGCAUAAAAAUCAGUGGCAGAGAAAUUGAUGUACGUUUGGAUCGCAAUGCAUAAUUUAAAACUGUGUGUUCAGGAAC